CCCUCUCCCCAUCACCUCAAAAACCUCUCAAACCCCACCGGUCCACCACCACCAGCGCUCCCCCAGUCUCCAGCCCCGCAACACGACGAGGCAGGAAGGAGCCAUGGCCACCACCCGCGACGUCUCCACCGCCGCCGCCAUGUUCCACGUCUACCAGCCCCUGCCGGUGCCAUCCACGGCUGCGCCCGCCGCCGCGGCGGCGGCAGACUGCGGCGGCGCCGUGGUGGUCCCCGCGAAGCCGGUCAAGAAGGAGGGCGGCGGGGGCAAGGACCGGCACAGCAAGGUGAACGGGCGCGGGCGGCGCGUGCGCAUGCCGAUCGUGUGCGCGGCGCGCGUGUUCCAGCUCACCCGCGAGCUGGGGCUCAAGUCCGACGGCCAGACCAUCGAGUGGCUGCUCCGCCAGGCCGAGCCCUCCAUCCUCGCCGCCACGGGUUCGGGCACCACCCCGGCCGUCUUCGUCUCCUCCUCCGCGCCGUCCACGUCCUCCUCCUCCUCCCACUACCACCAGCAGACCGUCCUCGGCAAGCGCCCGCGCGAGGAAGGAGGCGACGCCGCCGUCGGCACCGCGGCGGCAGCGUCCGCGUUCUGGGCGGCGCUGCCGGCGGCGCCGCGGACGACGGAGGCCUGGGGCUUCUCGCCGCUGGAGGCGCAGGCGGCGGCGGCCGCGGCCGCGUACGUGCCGAUGGCGCAGGCGCACCACCACCACCUCAACCUGCUCGCCGCGCUCUCCGGCGCCGCCCGGCGCGCCGAGGAGGAGACCCGGUGACUCCGCGCCGCAGCUCCUGACACCCUCUACACGCGUCACUCGCGCAUUGAUCUUUUGCCCGUGUGUUCUUGGCAUCGUUCUUGGUUUGUGUUGUGCUCGUGCUCCCCUACCAGUCCAUCGGCAGUGUCUUGUGUGUCCACGAUUUGAUGAAAGAUUGCAGUGGUGCUUGGUGCUAAAUGUAAAUACCAGUCCUUGCUUAGAUCUUACUACAUUUGGGUUGAAUUAAAUCGGGUAGCUCGCGUCGGAGUAUGCCGUCUUUUGCUUAGGUUUUCUGCGCCUUUUGAUUCCAUGGAACUUGCUUCAGUUAGCAUCUAGUCACUGUAUCAACGCAACAAGUCAUUUAGUACAAGCAUAAAUUCGUAAAGCUGGUGUUCUUU